AAAGGGACGUCGUCAGUUGACUCAUGAACUUUUCGAAUACUGGCAAGAAUGUCACAACAGUGGUCUAUCGGGACACUUUAAACACAGCUAUACUCAAGAACGUGAUUACUGUGUUUCUCUGCAUCUCCAUCAACUAUGUCAACGGUACCCUGGUACACACAUUCAAAAAACAUCAGGUUUUCAACAUGAACCCUCGAUACAUCCUGUACAUCCACCUGGUAAUCAAUGAUAUGAUCCUGCUGACCAUGUUUACACUUAUUCAGGUCCUGAGUUACAUCGUGUUCACUCUUAAUGUGUCCUUAUGCAUAGUUUUGCUUAUGAUUGCUAUAUUUGCAAAUCUAAACAAUCCCCUAACCCUUGCUGUUAUGGCAGUAGAGUGUUACAUCGCCAUAUGCUUCCCUCUCCGCCACACCCAGAUCUGUACAGUCAAGAAAACAUAUGUUGUGAUCGGCCUGAUCUGGGUGCUAAGCACACUUUCAAUCCUGCCAGAUUUAUUUGAUGCAUUAGCGAAAGAAUCGCAGGAAUUCUUUCAUUCCAGAGUUUUUUGUCUUCGGGAAAAUAUUUUUAGAAACCCUAAACUUGCAGAGAAGAGAGAUAUAACCAACACAGUGUUUUUGGUCAUCAUUUGGUUCACUCUUUUCUAUACAUACUUCAGGAUCCUCUUUGCUGCACAGGCAGCUUCUGCAGACUCCAAGAAAGCAAGGAACACCGUCCUCCUCCACGGUUUCCAGCUGCUGUUGUGUAUGCUCACCUACGUUUUUCAUCUUCUCAUAGAAGGUCUGACAUACUUGUUCCCAAGAGGAGUACUGGCUAUUCGCUUUACUAUUGCGAUACUGGUUCAGGUUCUGCCUCGAAUCAUCAGUCCGAUUGUUUAUGGGAUACGAGACAAGACAUUUAGGAAGUACCUGAAAAGAUAUCUGCUCUGUACAAAUAGUGCUAAAACUCAGCCACAAAACACUCUGAAGAGUCCGUCAUGAAGUUCAUACCCUGCUUACACUGUUCAAUGGUAACGGAAAAACAUGUACUACAUUAAAUGUGUUGUUCACUUGUAUAACUUCUUAUAACAAAUAAUUACACUUCAUUCAAAGUGUGGUGAACUUGAAUGGAUCAGAAUAAAACAAGAUCACCAAGGGGGAGAGGAACAAACCUAAGCAGUUGUAGUGUUUGAAAGAAAAGGAACAACACAUCAUUUCCCACUCUUGAUCUGUGCAGCACUAUUGUGUUUCCCUCCAGUCAGUGCAUAAAUCUACUGAGUGCAGUGUUGUACAGAGUCCGUAAUGGUUAUGUGUCCUGUGUAGUAGAUGUAGCAUAGUUACUGACCGUAAUACAUAUAAUGUAACCCACCUUAGAAGUUACAGAUCUGUUAUAGUGUUAUAAAUAUGCUACCUGUUAAAAUCACUUCCUAAAUAAAUCUUCAAUUAAACAAGAGUCUUUUGUGGAAGUGCUCAUGUUCACUCAUGUGUCAGUGAUCCCUGCCUUUACUGCUGUCCCAACUAAAUAGGUGUGUAACCUGAAACUACAAAUGCUCUUUAAUUGCUUUGUGUUGAAGAAGUCAGACAUAUGGAAUAUCAGCUGCUGGCUGAUCCCCAUUUAAAUGCACCAAAACCACAAACGUUUACUUUCAGGUGACCAAGGCCUCUCGAGGCCAUAAUGACUAUGACUCCAUGUCCAUCUGGAGGAGGAAGUCAGGUGAUGUUAUUAUCAAGCCGCAAACAUAAUGUCAGACUUUAACACACUAACCGUAACCAAGUGUUUAUAACUGAGACCAGGACCACAAAGUUCAUUUUUGUAAGCUGCAACUUCAGCUACAUAUUUCACAAACUGGUCAGCAACUUACCGUGAAAACACUGCUGACACUGCAUCACCAGCUGUGAUGGUACUAAUUUACUCUUUCAGCAUAAACACUGAUAAAGCCAC